UUGUGGGAAGAGCAGAACAAGAACUGUAUGUUCGACAUCAAACCACAGAUUUCAACCACACGCGCAGGCGACAAGAGUAGCGAAACUAGCAAUGAAGAAAACCGUGGUGCUGUACCCUGGCGUCGGCGUCGGCCACCUGGUGCCCAUGGUCGAGCUCGCCAAGGUGUUCCUCAAGCACGGCGCGGCCGUCGUCGUGGCGCUCGUCGACCCAGAGACCAAGUCCACGGACUUCUCGGACGCGGUCGCCCGCGCCAAGACCUCCAACCCCUCCGUCGACUUCCACGUCCUGCCGCCGCCGCCGCCCGCGCCCGUGGACUCAUCAAACUCCCAAGUCGCGUCCACGAAGCACCACCUCACCAAGAUAUCCCAGUUCCUCACCGCCAUGAACGCGCCCCUCCGCGACUUCCUCCGGUCGCUGCCCUCCGUCGACGCGCUCAUCCUCGACAUGUUCUGCGUCGACGCCCAGGACGUCGCGGCCGAGCUCAAGCUGCCGGUCUACUACUUCUACGCGUCAGGCGCCGCCGCCCUCGCCAUCUUCCUCAACCUGCCGAGCAUGGUCGCCGGCAGCACUGCGAAGAUGAAUGAGCUCGGCGACUCCGUGAUCACCCUCCCGGGCGUUCCUCCGUUCAAGGCUUCGGACUUACCGAACGAACUUACCGGCGGCGGCGGGGCACUACCGAUCAUCGUAGGCAUGUUCGACAGAAUGUCUCGUGCCGACGGGAUUCUCAUCAAUUCGUUCGACUCGCUGGAGCCGCGCGCGGUGCGCGCUCUGAGGGACGGACUCUGCGUCCCUGAUCAUGCCACGCCGCCGGUCUACUGCAUUGGGCCUUUGGUCUCGGCCGGAGGUGGAGGCGUGGAGCACGAGUGCACCACGUGGCUGGACGCGCAGCCAGACAAGAGCGUAGUGUUUCUCUCCUUCGGCAGCCUGGGCAACUUCUCCGCCAAGCAGCUUCUCGAGAUCGCGGUCGGGCUCGAGAAAUCAGGGGAGAGGUUUCUGUGGGUUGUCCGGAGCCCGCGCAGCCCAGACUUCAAGUACGGCGAUCCGCUGCCGGAGCCCGACCUCGACGCGCUCCUGCCGGAAGGCUUCUUGGAGAGGACCAAGGACAGAGGGUUCGUCGUCAAGUCCUGGGCGCCGCAGGUGGAGGUGCUCCGCCACAGGGCCACCGGGGCGUUCGUCACGCACUGCGGCUGGAACUCGACGCUCGAGGGCAUCACCGCAGGGCUUCCGCUGCUCUGCUGGCCGCUCUACGCGGAGCAGAGGGUCAACAAGGUGCAGAUAGUGGAGGAGAUGAAGCUCGGGGUGGAGAUGAGAGGCUACAACCAGGAGGUGGUUAAGGCCCAGGAGGUGGAGGAGAAAGUCAGGUGGGUCAUGGCGUCCGAGGGCGGCAAGGCGCUCAGGGCGCGGGCGGCGGCGGCCAAGGAUGGAGCAGCCGAGGCGCUCAAAGAAGGGGGCUCGUCUCACCUGGCGUUUGUUCAAUUCAUCCAGCAUCUGGAUACUGCAACAACCCUGCAGCAGGACUGAUGUGAGGCUCUAACCUCGUACCUCGGAUUUAUGGAGCGCUACACACUUUCGAUCGAUGUUAUAGAUCCGGACUAUGUUUAUUUCUGGACUUUUCAAAGUUAGUGGCAUCUAUGUAGAUUUGCUAUUUCUAAUUUUCAAUCUUGAGCAAGA